UUUUCAUUACUAGACUAUUUGACAAAUGGGUGGAUUAUAAUCCAUCAUUGUUGUCAGAAGGACUAAAAAGGACAUUGCUAUGAAUGAUGGCUAUAUAUGAGGCAUGAAAUUUUGUGAAAUGAUGAGGGGAAUGUCUGUCAUUUACACAGUCAAACAUUAUGACCUAUAAUCCACCAAAAAAUAAGCUGGGGAUAGCCCGACUUAUUUUUUGGUGGGUUAUAAACCGAAAUAAGCCACUUGCCAAACAUCUCAAGGUGGAUUAUAAUCCACUUUUGUGGCCUAUUAGUCACUUUAGCCACUUGCUAAAAUUGCUCUUUAAUAUUUGAUUCUAUGUAUUCAGAAUAAAUGUCUGACUACAUAUGUUAUCCUUGACCCUGACCAAGUUUUCCUGAGGGAAAAUGAUAAUUGUAGUACAAGUUCCAUACUACUCUUGUACUACUACUACCAGAUGUGUGGGGUUCUUUCUUGGAAAUUGUAAAGAAAAAUUGUGAGUCGUUAUGGACCCUACUCUUUGUUUGUGGAAGUAUAAAAAUAGUAUAAAGUACAGUUAUCAAUACUUUUUUUCCUGAGAGCUUCUUGCACUGGCUAAUUAUUACCAGCUACUAAUUUGAUGCUUUUUCUUAGUAAAUAUUAAUUAUGAAGACAUUAACUAAGUUAGCUUUACCUGCUUACUAUGGUAACUGUGCAUUAACUAUGAAGAUAUUAGACAUUAUCUUCAUAGAGAACUUCUUCUCAAACAUUGAGUCGCUGCAUUGACUUUCAUGAUGUAUGAUUAUUGUUCUUGUCUGUACUGCAUUUGGAUUAGAAGACAUUAACUAUUUGCAUUUACUAAUUGUGUCAAUGCUUUCUAUAAAAUCUGGUGACUGCCUACUUUCUCUAGGUAAAGCUUUACUUCCCCUUCCCUUGAUUUUUUUUAAAGCACAGGAAAGCGAAUCUUCGUAGCUUGCAAUGAGUUUAAAGUCCAAGCGAGGAUUUUACCCACUUUUCUGUAGAAAGAGCUUGCUUGAAAUACUGAUGGCCAUUUUAUUAGUAUCGGUUGGUGCCGAGGGAGCAAAGCCCAGCUCUCUCACAGAUAAGGUGAUAGAGCAGCUGGACAAUCACAGUAGGCUAGCGGUGAAGACCAUAAUGAGUGAAGAUGGUGACAUUAUUGAUUGUGUUGAUAUCUACAAGCAACCUGCCUUUGAUCAUCCACUGCUCGGAGAUCACACCAUCGAGAUGAGGCCUAGUUUCAUCCCAGCAAUAAAGGAAGGGAGCAAUUCACGCAGAUUUUUGCCACAACAAACUUGGCAAAAGAAGGAAAGCUGCCCUGAAGGAACUAUUCCUAUCCAAAGGAUUCGAGAAACAUACCCUAUGAGGAUAGAUCAAAAAAAGUUUGGCCCGAACGGAGAGUUUUCAGAGUGCAAAGUAGAGAUGGCUCGGGUAGAUGUUUAUAAUGGUGGACCCUAUUUUGGAGCCCAAGCUACAUUCAAUGUGUGGAAUCUACAUGUUGAGGCAAGUGAAUGGAGCUUGAACUCGAUCUCUACGUACGAUCCGCAUUACUCCUUUAUCGAAGCUGGAUGGGCGGUCAGUCCAGUCUUGUUUGGGGAUCUAAGUCCUAGAUUGUUUGUCAACUGGCUGGAUAGAACUAAAGAUGUAGGGUGUUUCAACUUGAGGUGUCCAGGGUUUGUCCAUGUGUCAAAGAGUGUCAUGCUCGGUGCAGUCAUGCCCCAAGUCUCAGCCUAUGGUGGAGAACAGGUUGACUACAAUUUUGUAACCUAUAAGGAUCCUGUCCAAAGGAAAUGGUGGAUCCUGUACGAAGGUGAACCAGUUGGUUACUGGCCAUUUGCCUUGAUAGAAGGAUUUGAAGAAUCUGCUCAUAUUAGUUGGGGUGGAAGUAUCUGCGACAUGCAGGUAAAUGGAUUUCAUACAACAUCUCAGAUGGGAAGUGGCCAUUUUCCGAUGGAAGGCUACGGGAAAGCUAGCCACAUUCGAGAUAUUCUUGUUAUGGAUUCGAAUAAGAAUUUCGUACCUCCAUGCUGUAUCCAGUACUUUUCUUCGUACGAAGGUUGCUAUAAGGUCGACACUUGCAAAUCCUUCCCAGAUGACAAAGGACCAUGCAUAUAUUAUGGAGGUACCGGAGGCAAAUGCUGCGAUGGCCGUUAUCAUCUUACCAAGCACGUGCGAGUUCUGCAUGUAAUGUCAGGGUAUUCAGACUGAUAUGCAGUAGUUCUGAACUAUUCAGCAAGUUUAAUGG